AUGAUGAGCUUCUUCCCGUGUGUCGUGAUCGCCGCUGUCGUGGCUCUUUUGCAGGCGGUGGCUCUCAGCUCUGUGGACCAUACUCACAACCCUUACCGUGAAGGCGGAUAUUACCACUUCGAUCACCAAGGCAUUCCCCAUUGGCACUCCGGCAAAUACCAUUACCAUGGCUACGACGAGUACAUUUACCGUUCUCCGAAAUACGUUCGUUACGUCAGCGAUCCCGUAGUACAUCAACGACUUCACACCCACGUAGAGAGAGUUCCAACUUACAGCCGAACAUACGAGGUCCCCACCAAUUACCGGCAGGUUGACCACCAACAUCAUCACGCCGAUGAACGGACCAUCGUAGAGAAGAAGAUCUACAAGCAAGAGGUCACUCCGGCUCACUACCACGUUGGUGCCACUCACGUAGAUUCUGAUCAUCAUCAUCACCUUCAUUGA